UCAAGUCGACAUGUCUGAGAUUAAGAGAAGGGAAGAAAGACAGAUACGAUUUGUAGAUCCGGUGGUGUUUAUUGUUGUUUUAGGCUGCACAGCUGCAAUAGCCACCACGCUGCAAGCGAGCUCUACUGUUGCUUCAGAUGCUCUCGACACCACAGUUUUCGAAGCUGAUUCGAAUACCAUAAUCACGGCAACCUUAUUCGUGUCAGGAAUUACCCUUAAAUCAGAGACAAUUGCUACUACAAAUCUAGACUCCAUGGCAACAGUCUCUACCACUCAGACACUGUCAGACGCUUUACAUCCUGGCACAGUGGAACCCUCUGCUACGGAACAGGUGACAGUCUCCACAGCAACAGUGUCUCUUUUAUGUGACUUAUGUGACUUUGCCACGACGCCAAUAGAAACAUCAAUGGUAAAUGGGAUGGCAACAAUGCCAACGGCGCAAGAGAUGACAGCAAUCCCGUUUACAACGUAUGAAACAGAAACAGACCAGGUGGCAACAACGGCCGAAACAGUGUCGGUAGAGUUUUGUGACUCUUGCACAACGAUGCCAAAAGGUACAAAAAUGCCAGUGUUUCAAGAGACAAGAGAAACUCGGUGGACAACGGGCGAACCAGCGUCCACGCCGACUGGGCGAACGCUGGCAGAAGGGGCAGUGACGGCAACAGCAACAGAAGGAGCACUAGGAAGUGAGUCAUCACCUGACUUUCGGGUCAACGACAGGUUCACAGCUACAACUGCCCUGUCAACAUCAUCAACGAGAUCAGACACUCUAGAGACGCAAACAAGUAGAGUAGCAAUACAGCAGGUCCCAACAACUGCCGCCACAACUGAAUCUACUACAGAAAUGACUGCGUCUACGACAACAAAAUCAAUAAACACGGUUGUGCUUUCAACAACGAUGCAGCCGUUUGACGCGACCUCAAAGCCAAAAAGGGGGCCUAGACCAACUAGGAAAACAACAGCAGAUUGGUUCUUAACUGUAACAACCACAUCAGCCACAGUGACAUCCCCAUCUUCGAAAACACCGCAAAAUGAAAUUCUAACAACGGCCCAGCCUUCGGGAACUGCGCCCAUAUCAGAAUCUACCAUGGGACAGAGCUCAACAGUGGAAGAACUGUUCACAACCGAAACAAUCACAGCAACUACAGAGGCGUCUGCUUCCUCGCCACCCACUGUAAGUGAAUUUUUAAUAACGACCCAGCCCUCUGGAACUCCCCCAAUGUCAAUAUCAACAACGAGCCAGAGUUUAACAAUCUCAACAAGUACAUCAUUGGCAAACAUCACUACGUCUUCGAUUUCAACCACGGCUAGAAUUUCAACCACUGCACUGCGCUAUGCGCCGGGAACACGAAAACCACCAACGGCUCAGGGCUCAACAACCGCAAUUACCAAACACAUUCCAAGUACAGAGAUGCCAGUACCUUCGUCAACGGACACCUCCUUGGCCUACACCGGUAGUGCAAACAGCACCAGUGUCACCGUUAAAAUCACUACGGUCAUCCUAAGCUCGGACCAGUUCGGGUACUCCAAUUCAGAGUCCGGUUCUUUGCAAACUUCUUUACGUGUGCUAUUGUUGGUUAAUUUCAUUAUUUUAGCUGGUUGA